AUGGCAUUUCAACAGCUGAUUUGUUCUUCUAGAAGCUACGACGGAAUGUGUCCCCAACACAUAGUGUUAUUGGAUCAGGAGGGGCAACUUCAGAUCAGGCAGCAACAACGCCAUUUCAAUCAAGAUGCCUUGCAGCGCACCAUUGGCGACCGUUUUUCUCAACAAACCGCCAGCAAAAUCCAGGCCGAUGAAGACGCAAUCGUCUUGUUCAUGGCCAUGGAUUACCUUGGAACUCCCGGCCAAUUCCGUCAAUUCCAGACGUACUUGACCCGGGCCGAUCUCCCAUUGAAUCCCAUGGCUCACAGCCCCUGGGCCUACUUGUGGCAGUCCCGAAGCGAUUGGGCUUUCAUUACUACCAUGGGGAUCGAUGUGCGCACCUUUGACGACCUACUGGAUCGGUUUGCGGAUCGAUGGAACUACUCAACAAUCGAGCGUGGUGAUGUGAACCCGAAUGGAGAACCCCAACCCGGUUGUCUAUCUCUGGAUGCCGCCGGUGCGCUGGGUUUGGUCUUGCAUUGGCUAUGCUCGACCAUGUCAUCAUACUCUUUGCAACAGCUAUUUGGAAUUACUCCGGCUGUAUGUUCUUGCUAUCUUUCUUCUGGGAUGCAUCACCUCUUGGAGGUCCUGAAACAGCACCCUCAAGCUCGCUUCUUGUGGCCGACUACCGAGGAAAAGGCGGCACGCUAUAGCAGACCGAUGUGGUGA